AGUGUUAACAACAAAUUAUUGAAGGGUUGUCCCCUUUCUGUCUCGGAUUCUUGGAGCAUGAAACUCAUGUGCAGUAAUAUUUAUUUGGGUUUCCAGCGGUGAUGAGACAUUGGAUGUGCAACAUAUUCUUUCUGUUUUCUCUCAUUCAUCUCUCUAUAUAUAGAUGGUGCCAAAGGGAUUGCUUAAACAUCUUUCCUCAAUACUCAAAUUCCUCAAAAGUCUUAAAAACCAUUUCUUCAGUAAAGAAAAAUGGCUUUCCAUGUUAGAUCAAACAGUUUUCCCUCUAAAUCUCAUCCAGCAAUUUCUAAUUUUGAAGAUCAUUUAUGCAGGUUGAAGUCCUCAAAAGAAGCAUCAGUAUCAUCUUCUUUCACAUGCACACAGUUGGCGAGUGUCAGAGAUUUGCACGAAGAUAUUAAUAAUUCGAUUCAACUUCCAUCAUUCCAGCAAGCCCUCGCUGACGAAAUGUUUCCCAGUGAGUUGCUUGAUGGAUCUCUCAAGCUUCUCGACAUUUGUGGAAUUGCUCGAGAUGUUAUAACUUUGAUGAAGGAAUCUAUUCAAGAACUCCAAUCGUCUUUGAGGAGAAAUAGAGGCAUUGAUGCAUAUAUGACUUCAAGGAAAAAUAUUGACAAAAUGGUUAAAACGUGCAUCAAGAAUUUGAAGGGUUUCGAACGAAGUUCUACCAACAAAGACUACAAUCUUAAGGGCAUUGCAACUGUUCUAAAAGAAUCACAGGUCAUUGGUUUUUCUGUACUCAAGUCUGCAUUGACCAUUUUUGCCUCAAAGCAAAAAACUUGGUCCCUUCUUUCCAAGUUUACCCAGUCGAACCACGUACAUUCUGAAACAGAAGAAGAGAGCAACGCUCAGGAAUUGUAUGCCUUGAACAUCAACAAAUUGCGAAAAGACAUGGAUACAGUAUCUGUGAAAGAUGUCGUGAAGCAGUUGGAUGCAUCAGAAAGGACAAUCCAGGAACUUGAAGAGAAUUUAGAAGCCUUCUUUAGGAGUCUAGUCAAAAUAAGAGUUUCUCUCCUUAAUGUCCUGAGCCACUAGUCUUAAUUUAGUGAUAAUGCUCAUAUAAUUUUGUAAAUCAUUGUUAAUCCAUAUAAUAAAUUCAAUA